AUGAGGACCUCGUUGCACCCUGAGGAAGAGUUGAGGGAGCCUUUGUAUGGGGCGUUGUGGAGCGGUAGUCUUGAGGAUAAUGGGGAAGUUAGCGAUGAGAAUGGGGUGGGAGAUGAAGACGGAGGUGGUGGUGGAGGUAAUCUGAAGCUAUUCAAUAGAGACGAGUCUAUGGAUAUGGUUUUGGUGUUUGAAGUGGGCUGUAAUUCACAUGUUACUGAGGAUUGCAAGGAUGGGGAAGUUAGCGAUGAGAAUGGGGUGGGAGAUGAAGACGGAGGUGGUGGUGGAGGUAAUCUGAAGCUAUUCAAUAGAGACGAGUCUAUGGAUAUGGUUUUGGUGUUUGAAGUGGGCUGUAAUUCACAUGUUACUGAGGAUUGCAAGGAUGGGGAAGUUAGCGAUGAGAAUGGGGUGGGAGAUGAAGACGGAGGUGGUGGUGGAGGUAAUCUGAAGCUAUUCAAUAGAGACGAGUCUAUGGAUAUGGUUUUGGUGUUUGAAGUGGGCUGUAAUUCACAUGUUACUGAGGAUUGCAAGGAUGGGGAAGUUAGCGAUGAGAAUGGGGUGGGAGAUGAAGACGGAGGUGGUGGUGGAGGUAAUCUGAAGCUAUUCAAUAGAGACGAGUCUAUGGAUAUGGUUUUGGUGUUUGAAGUGGGCUGUAAUUCACAUGUUACUGAGGAUUGCAAGGAUGGGGAAGUUAGCGAUGAGAAUGGGGUGGGAGAUGAAGACGGAGGUGGUGGUGGAGAUGGGGAAGUUAGCGAUGAGAAUGGGGUGGGAGAUGAAGACGGAGGUGGUGGUGGAGAUGGGGAAGUUAGCGAUGAGAAUGGGGUGGGAGAUGAAGACGGAGGUGGUGGUGGAGGUAAUCUGAAGCUAUUCAAUAGAGACGAGUCUAUGGAUAUGGUUUUGGUGUUUGAAGUGGGCUGUAAUUCACAUGUUACUGAGGAUUGCAAGGAUGGGGAAGUUAGCGAUGAGAAUGGGGUGGGAGAUGAAGACGGAGGUGGUGGUGGAGGUAAUCUGAAGCUAUUCAAUAGAGACGAGUCUAUGGAUAUGGUUUUGGUGUUUGAAGUGGGCUGUAAUUCACAUGUUACUGAGGAUUGCAAGGAUGGGGAAGUUAGCGAUGAGAAUGGGGUGGGAGAUGAAGACGGAGGUGGUGGUGGAGGUAAUCUGAAGCUAUUCAAUAGAGACGAGUCUAUGGAUAUGGUUUUGGUGUUUGAAGUGGGCUGUAAUUCACAUGUUACUGAGGAUUGCAAGGAUGGGGAAGUUAGCGAUGAGAAUGGGGUGGGAGAUGAAGACGGAGGUGGUGGUGGAGGUAAUCUGAAGCUAUUCAAUAGAGACGAGUCUAUGGAUAUGGUUUUGGUGUUUGAAGUGGGCUGUAAUUCACAUGUUACUGAGGAUUGCAAGGAUGGGGAAGUUAGCGAUGAGAAUGGGGUGGGAGAUGAAGACGGAGGUGGUGGUGGAGGUAAUCUGAAGCUAUUCAAUAGAGACGAGUCUAUGGAUAUGGUUUUGGUGUUUGAAGUGGGCUGUAAUUCACAUGUUACUGAGGAUUGCAAGGAUGGGGAAGUUAGCGAUGAGAAUGGGGUGGGAGAUGAAGACGGAGGUGGUGGUGGAGGUAAUCUGAAGCUAUUCAAUAGAGACGAGUCUAUGGAUAUGGUUUUGGUGUUUGAAGUGGGCUGUAAUUCACAUGUUACUGAGGAUUGCAAGGUGUCAAUGCCACCUGGAAAAGAAGAAUUGUGUAGCCAAGUUGAGAAUAUUGGAAAGCGAUAUAGAAGAAGUGCAGUGGAGGCGGGCAGCUGGAUACUUGGCCUCACUGAGAUGGCUUCUCUUCUCUCACUCCUGCCUUGUGUUCGUGCUUGGUUGCAGUUGAACUGA